CCUCAUUCACUGCUUCCUUUCGCGCCGGGUAACCGGAGAGCCGUGCGUCCAUGUGCGCAGUGACUGGGAACUGACAGACCUCUGAAAUAUUAAAAUCCGAGCCGCAAACAGAGUUUUCGCGAUGGAUCCCAAGUCUUUGGUCGAGGCCCUUCGGGGGACGAUGGACCCAAACCUGCGGGAGGCCGCGGAGCGACAGCUGAACGAGGCUCACACCCAGGUUAACUUCAUGUCCACUCUGCUGCGUGUCACCAUGUCUGAUCAGCUGGAUUUGCCGGUCAGGCAAGCAGGUGUGAUUUACCUUAAGAACAAAAUCAUCCAGCACUGGAGUGAUGGAGAAGUUGCUGGCUCAGAGCCGCCCGUUAAUAACAUCCCAGAGGAAGACAGGCAGUUCAUCCGAGACAACAUAGUAGAGGCAAUCAUCCAAUCCCCCGAGCGCAUCAGAGUCCAGCUGACAACAUGUAUUCACCACAUCAUCAAGCACGACUACCCUGGGAAGUGGACGAGCAUCGUGGACAAGAUCGGCUUCUACCUGCAGUCGGACAACAGUUUAGCCUGGCUGGGCAUCCUGCUUUGCCUCUACCAACUCGUCAAAAACUACGAAUAUAAGAAACCAGAAGAGAGGCAGCCUCUUGUGGCAGCCAUGCACAUCUUCAUGCCCAUGCUUAAGGACCGUUUCAUCCAGCUGCUCCAGGACCACUCAAACGAAUCUGUCCUCAUUCAGAAACAGAUCUUCAAAAUCCUCUACGCUCUCUUUCAGUAUAAUCUCCCACUGGAGCUCAUCAACAGACAGAUCCUGACAGAGUGGAUGGAGAUCCUGAAGACAGUUGUGGACAGAGACGUUCCCCCAGAGACGAUGCAGAUCGACGAAGAUGAGCGACCAGAGCUGCCUUGGUGGAAAUGCAAGAAAUGGGCCCUUCACAUCUUGGCUCGACUGUUUGAGAGGUACGGAAGUCCCGGUAACACAACCAAAGAGUACGCAGAGUUUGCUGAACUGUUCCUGAAGGAGUACGCAGUGGCUGCCCAGCAGGUGUUGCUGAAAGUCUUAUACCAGUACAAGGAAAAGCAAUAUGUUGCUCCCAGAGUUCUCCAACAGACGCUUAACUACAUCAAUCAAGGAAUAGCACAUGCUUUGACGUGGAAAAACCUCAAACCACACAUCCAGGGCAUCAUACAGGAUGUGGUUUUCCCUCUUAUGUGUUACACAGAUUCCGACGAGGAGCUUUGGCAGGAGGAUCCGUACGAGUACAUCCGCAUGAAAUUCGACGUGUUCGAGGACUUCAUCUCUCCAACCACGGCCGCCCAGACGCUCCUCUUCACUGCCUGCAACAAGAGGAAAGAAGUACUGCAAAAGACAAUGGGCUUCUGCUACCAGAUUCUCACCGAUCCCAGUUCGGACCCCAGGAAAAAGGACGGGGCCCUGCAUAUGAUAGGCUCUCUGGCUGAAAUCCUACUGAAAAAAAAGAUCUACAAAGACCAGAUGGAGUUCAUGCUGCAGAAUCACGUCUUCCCCCUGUUCCGCAGUGAACUGGGCUACAUGAGAGCCAGAGCUUGCUGGGUGCUGCAUUACUUCUGCGAGGUGAAGUUCAAAAGCGAUCAGAACCUGCAGACGGCCCUGGAGUUGACCCGAAACUGCCUCAUCAAUGACAAUGAGAUGCCGGUGAAAGUGGAGGCCGCCAUCGCUCUGCAGGUUCUCAUCAGCAACCAGGAGAAAGCCAAAGAAUACAUCGCUCCCUACAUUCGGCCGGUGAUGCAGGCUCUCCUGCACAUCGUCAGGGAAACGGAGAACGAUGACCUCACCAACGUCAUACAAAAGAUGAUCUGCGAAUACAGCGAGGAGGUCACUCCAAUAGCUGUGGAGAUGACGCAGCACUUGGCAAUGACGUUCAACCAGGUGAUUCAGACGGGGCCCGAUGAGGAGGGAGGCGACGAUAAAGCGGUGACGGCCAUGGGCAUCCUCAACACCAUCGACACGUUGCUCAGUGUGGUGGAGGACCACAAAGAGAUCACCCAGCAGCUGGAGGGCAUCUGUCUGCAGGUGAUCGGCACGGUGCUGCAGCAGCACGUUCUCGAGUUUUACGAGGAGAUCUUGUCCCUGGCUCACAGCCUGACCUGCCAGCAGGUGUCGCCACAGAUGUGGCAGCUUCUUCCACUUGUGUACGAAGUUUUCCAGCAAGACGGGUUUGAUUACUUUACAGAUAUGAUGCCUCUACUUCACAACUACGUCACAGUGGAUACAGACACACUCCUGUCAGACACCAAAUACCUGGAGAUUAUCUACAGCAUGUGCAAGAAGGUCCUGACUGGUGAUCCAGGUGAAGACCCAGAGUGCCACGCUGCCAAAAUGUUGGAAGUGAUCAUUCUGCAGUGCAAAGGUCGCGGCAUUGAUCAGGUCGUUCCCCUGUUUGUCGGCACGGCGUUGGAGCGCCUGACGCGGGAGGUGAAGACCAGCGAGCUGCGGACCAUGUGCCUGCAGGUGGCCAUCGCUGCUCUCUACUACAGCCCGCCCCUCCUCCUCAACACUCUGGAGAAUCUCCGGUUCCCCAACAGCACUGAACCAAUCACCAACCACUUCAUUACCCAGUGGCUUAAAGAUAUCGACUGCUUCCUCGGCCUCCAUGACAGGAAGAUGUGCGUCCUGGGCCUCUGCGCUCUCAUUGACCUCGAACACAGGCCUCCGGCCAUCAACCAGGUGGGCGGGCAGCUUCUUCCCGCAGCCAUCCUUUUGUUCAGCGGCCUGAAGAGGGCGUACGCCUGUCGAGCGGAACACGAGAAUGAAGACGACGACGAAGACGAAGACGGGGAAGAAGAGGAUGAAAACGCGGAACUGGGAAGCGACGAGGACGACAUCGACGAGGAGGGCCAGGAGUAUCUGGAGAUGCUGGCAAAGCACGCCGGAGAGGACGGAGACGACGAGGACUGGGAGGACGACGACGCCGAGGAGACGGCACUCGAGGGCUACGCUACAGCUGUGGAUGAUGAGGAUAAUCUAGUGGAUGAAUAUCAGAUCUUUAAAGCCAUAUUACAGAAUAUCCAGAGCCGCGACCCCGCAUGGUACCAGGCGCUAACGCAAACCCUCGACGACGAGCAGCGCAAACAGCUUCUGGAAAUCGGCACGCUCGCAGACCAGAGGCGGGCGGCACACGAGUCCAAAAUGAUCGAGAAACACGGCGGCUACAAGUUCACAGCGCCGGUGGUGCCAUCUACUUUCAACUUCGGGGGCACGGCUCCGGGAAUGAAUUGAGUCAUCUAUUCUACUCUUUUUUUAUUACUCUGUGACUGAUUGUAGUGAAGUGAAAAAAAAAAAAAAAGCUUGUGUUGUUCCCUUAAAUAGUGGUUCCAGAACUGGU